AUGGAGGGAUAUCGAAAAAAGGUGGCAAUAUGCGGGAGUAGGGGGUUUGGUAGCUAUCUUGCUCGGGCAAUCCUUGAAACAGGAGAAUGGGAACUGGUGAUCCUGUCGAGAAAUUCACAGCCUGAUCUUACUGCAAGUGGUAUCAAAGUAAAGCCAGUGGACUACAGCUCUGUUGAUUCGCUGUAUCAUGUUAUCAAGAGACAACAAGUGGAUACUGUGAUCUCUGUCAUACCAGAUGCAGAGGUGCAGCUUAACAUUAUCGACGCGUGUCUCAUGGCCGGGGUUCGACGGUUCGUCCCAGCGGAGUUCGAGACAUCGCCGGAACAGCGACCUUUGUAUGUUUCUGGCGAUAAAAUGAGUGUCCUGGCUCGGUUGGAACAAGUUAGCACACAAUUAGAAUACACGGCUUUCUCUUGCGGCCUUUUUAUGGAGACUUUUGCUCCUGGAGGAUGGAGUGAAGCUUCCAACAGUUAUAACUACAGUUGGAAUGACGGAUCAUUCCUGCUUGAUCUAAAACAUAAAAAAGCGCUCCUUCCUGUUGAUAAUGCUGGUAGUCUCGAAACUGUGAUUUGCUUGACGUCUGCUGUGGAUGUUGCACGUUUCGUUGCUGCUGCUUUAUUUCUUCGAUCAUGGCAACCUGAAAUGAAAAUGUUUGGAGAUCGGUUGCGGUUAAGAGAGCUUUUAGAGGUUGCUCAAUAUGUUCGAGCACGCGAAUUCAAAGUGAAGGUCAUCUCAGAAGAUGACAUCGAAUUUCAAAUCCUCAGGACACCGGACUGGAAAACUCAACGCGAACUCCAGACAAUGCGCGGCAUUCUCGGACAUGAAUACAAUAUCGACAAAAGAUAUCUCAACGCCAAGUUCCCAGACAUCCAGGCGAUUACCUUCGAGGACUUCCUCCGUCAGUACUGGAGGGCGAGUACACACUGA